UAGUAAUUUUGGGGACGGACAGAGUGAGCAUCUUCGCGCACAACAAGACAGUCGCUACCUGCGGGUGAAGGAGCAGCCCUCCACUCACUCCCGAACAUUUCAACCCACCUCUUUCCAUCUAUCUUUUCAGACCAGUUGACAAUUAAAUUAAAUUUUUAUAUAUAUAUUGAUAAAAAUCCCAACGCCAAACUUCUCCGCUCUUCCCAAAACCCUAAACGUGAUUCUGCCAUCAAUUCCUCCUCUCCGAAUUUCUCUUGCUUUCUUAAGCUUUUGAAUCAACCUCAGUCCAUCGGCAGACUGGACCUCGAGCUUUGAUGCCGUCAAACCUUUCUUUCUCGUACCUCGAACAAGUUAAACGAGAAUCGGAGUCCUAAACUCUGUGAAGCUCUGCUGCUGCAGUUAGUUUCUCCAGAUUGAUGUAGCUAAGGUGGGUAGCAGAGAAGAUAUUCUGCUGUGUGCUCUAUCCAUUAGUGCUUCAUAGAUAUUGGUCAUCAUGGGAAAAUUUGUUCAGCUAUGGAUGAUGAUGAGCCGAUCUGUACGGGCAAUGAGAUCCUUGUGAAGCACUUGGUUACCUCGCAAAUGCUUUGAUCUCUGUCUUUGUCUGUCUGUCUCUCUCUUUUUCAGGACUUUGAGAUGGGUUCUUGCUGCUCAUUCAUAGCCAAAGGGAAAAGUGGCAGCAAAAGGGAUGACCAAGUAACAGAUGCAUCCACGGCUACGAAUACAACAUCAUGCGCUUCACCCAAGAAGCAGAAACAAAGGCAGGGAUCAGGGAGGUGGAGGAAAAAAUCAAGUGGGUUAGUGCCCAUGGAUGAGGCAGAGCUCCAUCUUAUAUCAGGGAGGAUGUUUCUGAAUGGUGCCAGCAAUGUUGCAUGCUUGUAUACCCAACAGGGGAAGAAAGGGACCAAUCAGGAUGCCAUGCUUGUUUGGGAGAAUUUCUGUUCGAGAAGUGACACAAUGUUCUGUGGUGUAUUUGAUGGUCAUGGUCCCUACGGUCAUAUGGUUGCCAAGAAAGCCCGAGAUUCUCUUCCUAUUAUAUUAUGUACGCAAUGGAAAGAUAGUCUUGCCGGUGAUUGGAGCAGUCUCAACAAGAGCGAAAAUGCUCCUGAUAACACUAUACCUGAGGAUACUGCAUCUUUGAGUAUGGAUGAUGAAUGCUGUGAGUCAUUGGAGAUUGAAGAGAAUGAACAACUUCCAGAGAUGUAUUUACCUCUUAAACGGUCUAUGUUAAAGGCUUUCAAGUUAAUGGAUAAGGAGUUAAAGUUGCAUCCAACAAUUGAUUGUUUCUGCAGUGGGACGACUGCUGUUACAUUGGUGAAGCAGGGUCAGCAUCUCAUAAUUGGAAAUGUUGGUGACUCAAGAGCAGUGCUGGCAGCGAGAGACAAAGAUAAUUCUCUGAUUGCUAUACAGUUGACUGUUGACUUGAAGCCUGAUUUGCCUAGGGAGGCUGCUCGAAUUCAGCAAUGCAAGGGAAGGGUUUUUGCCUUGCAAGAUGAGCCUGAGGUUGCACGUGUAUGGUUGCCCAAUAAUGACUCACCUGGUUUGGCUAUGGCUAGAGCUUUUGGGGACUUCUGUCUAAAGGAUUUUGGUCUGAUUUCCGUCCCAGAUGUUUUCUAUCGCUGCCUUACUGAAAGAGAUGAAUUUAUUAUUCUUGCUACUGAUGGGGUUUGGGAUGUCCUUUCAAAUAAGGAAGCAGUCGAUAUUGUGGCUUCAGCCCCUAGUCGCUCAACAGCUGCCAGAGCUCUUGUAGAUUGUGCUACUCGAGCAUGGAGGCUUAAGUACCCUACUUCUAAGAAUGAUGAUUGUGCUGUUGUAUGCCUCUUUCUAGAACAUUUGACUGCAAGUAAUGGAGCUGUAGAAGAACAUGACACAACAAAGAUUUCUAAGGAAUCUGGAGAGAGGAUGGUGGGUGUUGAUGACAAUAACAGAGAUUCUCAUGCUUUAAGUCUUGGACAAUCUGGUACACUUCAAGGUUCUAAUGAGAUUGUACCUGCAACCGAAUCAAUAGAGGAAAGGUUGCCUUCGAAUCUCCCAGGCCAGUCUAGGAGGAGUCUUGCCGAGUGCAUUUCAGUUGCCGAUGAUGAGUGGUCAGCCUUAGAAGGUAUUACUAGGGUCAAUAGCUUAUUAAGCCUUCCCAGGUUUCUAUCUGGUGACAAAAGAUCAACUAGUUGGAGAAAGUGGUUAUGAAAACUUACUACACUGUCAUGUAGCAAACCACUUUAGGUUGGAGAAAGUGGUUAUGAAAACUUACGACACUGUCAUGUAGCAAACCACUUUAGAUUGAUCUUACAUUUACGAAUUACUGAUGUGCAUUUGUAGCGAGAGAAUAUAUAGGUUUGGAGUUGCAAGAGGCAGAUGCGUACUCUCUUUUCGUCAUAUGCCGGACAGCAUUCUAUUGGACUAUGUGUAUUGCUUAUUAAAAGAGUGCUUUGGUAGAUGUUGCUGGCACAGAGUUUGAAUCAUAAAACGAUACCUGUUGUUUGGUAAAUUUAAGCUUUAUUGUUGUAUGAAGUGUUUCUUUCCUUCUCCCCGCA